UCCCAACACCCCCGUCUCUCUCUCUCUCUCUCUCUCUCUCUCUCUCUCUCUUUCUCUCUCGCUCUCUCUCUCCGUCACGCGCUCUCUGUCAGUCAGCGCGCCGCUGGCACGGGAGAGAUUGAAAGUGACACACACACACACACACACACAUUCACACGCACACUCACACGCGGCCGACCUCGGUCUUUUACGUCGAAGAAGAGACUUCUGCUGCGAUCGGUCGCUUCUGAGUAGCGAAUCGACAACCGCAGGUCCUUAUCUUCUUUAUUUCCUUUUCUGUGUUCCCGCACACUAGACGGACUUUCUCUCGGUUUGUGGCGCGCGCUUUCUCCUCGCUUUGCGCUCGCGAAAUGGUCGCUGGAGCUCGCGGCGGGCGGACAAGAAAAUAAUCGCACUUCCGUUACGGGGAACUUGUGUCGCUUUGCUGGUCGGAUUUCUGUCUCUGUCUAUUUCUCUCACACACACCCUCUCUCUCUCUCUCUCUCUCCCUCUCUCUCUCUCUCUCUAGUCAUCCCUACCGCCUCCUCGCUUUAGACUCUGGCUUCCAGUCCCGCGCUCACACACAGCCCAAGUGUCAAACCGCCGAUAUCACCGAGCCGAUUUCAGCCCACCGAUAUUACCAGCAAGCCGGUUCCAGCCAGCAGCGCUGCAGCAAGAAGCCCAGCCCUGGAUUCACUACUUUUACUCAAUGGACAGAGCCCUCUCAACGGCCAGCCCCGAUACCAACACGCCUUGAGCAGUCCGUACUCCCUGGCUGGUGUUCCCCCUACAGUGUGGAGGGGGAUGGAGCGCGGAGGAGGAGAGAGCCCACGUCCGCGGGAGAGCCCAGAGCGCCGCACUGCUACCAGCCCCGAUCUGAGUGGCCCCCCUCCGGGGAAGAUAAGCCGCCUGGAGAUGAAUGGCAGCCCUACCGGGCCACGUAGUCGCCAUAACGGAGCUCCACAGAGAGCCUUAGGAGGUCUGAUGAUUCCCGUGUUCUGCGUCGUAGAGCAGGUGGAUGGAGGGAUAGUGGUGGAGGGGGAGGGCCGAGAGGAGCAUGCAGAGUUUGUGCUGGUCAGGAAGGACAUUCUGUUCACUCAGCUGGUGGAGACGGCGCUGCUUGCCCUUGGCUACUCCCACAGCUCAGCAGCCCAGGCACAGGGCAUCAUUAAGGUGGGUCGUUGGAACCCGUUGCCUAUCCACUGCCUGACGGACGCUCCCGAAGCCACAGUGGCUGACAUGCUGCUGGACGUCUACCACAUGGUCACACUCCGUAUCCAGCUGCAGAGCUAUGCCAAGCUAGAGGACCUGCCAUCAGAGCAGUGGAAUCAUGCAACAGUGCGCAAUGCACUUAAAGAGCUGCUGAAAGAGAUGAACCAGAGCACACUGGCUAAAGAAUGCCCACUUUCCCAGAGUAUGAUCUCCUCCAUCGUGAACAGUUCCUACUACGCUAAUGUCUCCACUGCGAAGUGUCAAGAGUUUGGCCGCUGGUAUAAGAAGUAUAAGAAGAUUAAAGGCGAUUACUUUGAGAAGAUGUGGCCAGUACGAGAGAAUUCUGAAAUUAAAGUGGAGAGGGACACCCUGGUGGACUUCUGUGUGUUAGGACAGCGUCCUCCACCUCACCUAGCUGGCCUGGCUCAAUUAGGACCUUUGGGCAGUGGUAGUUCUCUUGUGAAAAGUGGCUCUGGAGAACCUCAGAACCCUCAAUCUCAGCCCCCAUCUCAAGGACAGUCACAGCCACCCUCAUCUCACAGUGGCCAGCUCCACCACAGUCCACCACUACGGACCCAGGUGGCUCCUCCCACAGCCCUGCAGCCUCUUCUGGGACCAAGAGGCCUCCUCUCACCUCAGCUCAGUCCACAGUUAGUGCAGCAGCAGAUAGCUAUGGCUCACCUCAUCAACCAGCAGUUGGCUGUCAGUCGUCUAUUAGCCCACCAGCACCCACAGGCCCUCAACCAACAGUUCCUUAACCACCCACCCAUACCGAGGCAAAGCAAGCCUGGAGGACCUGGAGAGCCAGGAUCCAAUCCUUCCGCGGCUGAGGUCUCAUCAGACAUCUACCAACAGGUCCGCGAUGAGCUCAAGAGAGCCAGUGUUUCACAAGCUGUGUUUGCCAGGGUGGCAUUCAACCGCACACAGGGUCUGUUGUCAGAGAUUUUGCGGAAAGAGGAAGACCCUCGCACAGCCUCCCAAUCUCUUCUGGUCAACCUCAAGGCCAUGCAGAAUUUCCUCAACCUUCCUGAGGCUGAGCGAGACAGGAUUUACCAGGAGGAGCGUGAACGCAGCAUGAACCCUCCUGUAGGUCUGCCCCCAAACUCAAACUCCAGCCCUGGGGUUAACCGCCUAUCUCAGAAAGUGUGGGAGCGCAGCAUUGACGAACAGUUAACCCCUGAUGCCUGGGCAUCCAUUUGGAAGAAUAAGAACAAAAUUACCAACUCGUCCAAGCCGUCUGGUCCGAAUCCUGACCUUCCCCUGAAACUGGAACCACUGGUCAACAUCACGUCUUCAAUUUAUGAUGAGAUCCAGCAGGAGAUGAAGCGAGCCAAGGUGUCUCAGGCUCUGUUUGCCAAGGUGGCAGCCAACAAGAGCCAAGGUUGGCUAUGCGAGUUGCUCCGUUGGAAGGAGAGUCCAAGCCCAGAGAACCGCACGCUGUGGGAGAACCUGUGCACAAUCCGCCGUUUCCUCACCCUCCCCCAGACCGACCGCGACCUGGUAUACGAAGAGGAGUCCCGCCACCACCACAGUGAACGUCUGCACACCGUCCUCCAUCUGCCCUCUGACCCUCAGAUUCUCCACAGACAGCCUGUGCCAGCAUUAAAGGACCACUCUCCCAUGCGUGAGGACUCAGUGCCCAGCUCUGGAAUGGAGGACAACCCUCAGGCUGGUGCUGGUAGUGGCAACACUGGAGGAAGUAGUAGUGUUGCAAAGAAACCCCGUUCCCGCACCAAGAUCUCACUGGAAGCCCUGGGCAUCCUGCAAAGUUUCAUCCAGGAUGUGGGCCUCUACCCUGACCAGGAAGCCAUCCACACCCUCUCAGCCCAAUUGGACCUGCCCAAGCACACCAUUGUCAAGUUCUUCCAGAACCAGCGCUACCAUGUGAAGCACCAUGGCCGACUGAAGGAGCUGGGAGUUGAGGGUAGCGGAGUUGAUGUCGCUGAGUAUCGAGAUGAGGAGCUACUCUCUGGCUCAGAGGAUGCAGAGUCUAGUGAAGAUGGCCAUGAGGAAAUCUACAGUGGACAAGAAGGUGCCUCAGCAGGAGCAGCCGCCUCUUCCUCAACACCAUCUUCCACCUCAGGCCAAGAAGAAAGCAAGGACAAGGCUUCAGCUCUAAGUUCAGUCCGGCCCAGCUCCCUGCCUUCCUCCAGUUCAUCCCCCAGCCCACGAGACCAGCUCGAGUAUCAGAGAUAAAGCAUUCUGACCUGGGAGGGAAGGGGUCACUUUGAGAAGAGGAUAGUGGAAGGUGGAACAAGUGGAACAGUAAAAGCAGACUAAAAGAAUCCGGCACAGGGUCAAAUGAAGAUUGAAUAAAAAAGGACAAGAAUAUGUUUGAAUAUUGAUUAUAGAAACAAAAUGUGUUACGGUAAAAAAAAAUAAAUAAAUAAAUAAAAAAAAUUAGUUGAGAUAAGGGAUUAAUAGUUCUAGCAACAGAGUAAUUGGCAUCAGAUACUGUAAGUUUUGUCAACGUGAUGAAGGAAAAUUUAGGUUAGCGGUCCCAAAUCGUCGUUUAUUUGUUAAAAAGGUGCCAGAUAUGUGAUGACACUGAAAGUGGAUUUCUUAUCCUCAACUGACAAGUGGUCACUCUUACUCAUGGUUUCACAAAUUAAGUUGCCAGUACGUCAUAGUAGGAAAAUACUAAGCCAGUGAUGUUUCUCCCCAAGUCCCUAACACAUUAAAUUAACUAAAGAACUCCUUCAUUCCUAUCCUACAAUCCAGGGGAUCAUUAGAAACCCUUGUCCCACCCUUCCCACCUCUACAGCAUUCAGAGUAAUGAGAGUGAUUGAGCUUUAGAUAAGUUUUAGAUGAGCCAUGGACAUCUACAGGAACCCAUGCAUCUUUAUUUGUGUCUGAUCAAGGAGCCUGGUGGGUGUCUGCGGCUUCUCUCUUCCUCCCAUCUGUGAUGGGGAAUUCUUUACGGCUAUAAGAGGUGGCCGUGUUUGGCCAUUUAAGUGGUUGAAUGGACGGGUGGGUGGGUUAGAGGUAGUGAUGAGGGCUGGGGUGUAUACAUCAGCCUUGCUCACUGAUUCCACUGUAAAUACAUGUGGUCUACUGAAAUGUCCAGAGUUAGCUUUGCCUCCCCUUUGAAGAUAGAGCCAUGUCUCCAACAAACAACCACAUCAUUCCAUAUAGUCCAGUGUGGUGGGACAAACCACCAUCCUGGUACCCAUGCACCCAUGCAUGGACUUCCCUCAACACCUCUGUCAGUCUAAAUUUAGUGAAUGGAUAAAUACAUGAACUUGAGACAUCUUGUCACUACGUCUCUUUGUACUCACUUUGCACUUAAAAUGGCGGGUAAGCAUCGAGAAGAAGAAAAAAAACACCCAUACGUAGCCAUCUAUUGACUGCUAAAGACAAUUUAAUGACAGGUGAGAGUGCAGUCUGACUGCCGUGUCCUGCUUUUGGCCAAGUCGAGGAGAGUAAAGUACGUGUCCAGCAACAGUCAACCAUCACUCAUUUCACAUUGUAGGACUACACCCCUUCCUCUCGUCCUUUCUGUCCUCGGACUCUUUCUCUUACCGGCACACACAGUGUACUAAUUUCAAACCACAUACCCCCACACUCCGCAUCUCUAUUUAUUGCUAUCUAUAUCCACAUUUAUUAUUAUUGUUGUUGUUAUUAUUGUUAUUACGGUUGUUCUUUCCGUCAUUGCUGUUAUUUUCGGUUGUUUGUUUGUUUUUGUUUUUUUUCACGGUCUAAUAUCAGCUUUCGGCUCAAAGCUGUUGUUUUGGUAAUGAAAGACUUUAUGAAAGAGGGGGAACCCUGCCAAAACAGUGAGAAUUAGAAGCAGUUACUGAAGAAAUUGAGUGAACCCUGUGAUAUUGUGUACUACCAUUUCGAUCAUUACUUUUCCCAAAGAAAAUGACAGUAGGUGAGUCGAAUCCAAAAAUAAGACAAAGCAUAUGAAAAUAUACCUUUUUUUUUUUUUCUUUUUUUUUUUUAAAGAGAUAUUGACAAUCCAUUUAUUGAGCCAGUUAAAACUCUGUAUCCUGAAUGGAAACGUGUUGAUUCACAUCUCGGGAAAUGGACUUGCGUACGAACUGACACGGCUCCUCUGUGGCGAAGCCUCUGUGGAUACUAUAGCAAAACGUGGAUCCGGGGUCCUGCUUUGCUUUUGAGAAUCAGCUGCUACCUGCUCAUUUCUGGAUAACAGAGUUAAUCAUCAUUGUUAACCUUACACUGACCUUUAAACUGUUUUUGUUCAUGCGGUGAUGUUUAUGUAGAUGUUUUAUCUAUUAUAAAUGACAGCAUUUUUUUUUUUUUCUUUACAUGUCUUCGAUGUGCAAAUCCUUAACAGACGUCUCCACUGCGAAACAUCCACUCACGUUAACGUAUCUUUUUUUUUAAAAAAAAACACGAUGCCGGUUUAGCUCUUUGAGUUAUCACCGAAAACGCAGACCAUGAAUUUUAAACAACAUUCAAUUUUUAAUCAAAGCCAGACAUUAAACACUACAGUAUAUUUUUUUACUCGAUUGCUUAUAAGAGAGAUCUACUCUUGCUUCCUGGAUAUGAAGCCUCUACAUCUUUGAGCUGGCUAUGCAGUGUGACUAUGUCUGGCUUAUGUUUUUUUUAGUAAGAUUCGAUUAGAGGCCUAACCGGAGCCGGGCAUGUCUCAUAAGACAUAUGCAGGAGUGACAAUAAUUCACAUGUAAGUAUUGGGGCACACCGUGCAGCCACGCCAUACCGCAGGGAGCCUGCUGCAUUUCACAAUACUGUGACGCGGUGUAUAUAUAGUGUAUAGUGCGGUGUUUUAGACCACUGCUUUCCUUUUUUGUUUACUUCGCAGUGUGUCUCUCCUAGUCAGUGAUAGUGAACCACUAACCAACACACCUUAACAAGUCCGUUUAUGCUUUUCCCGGUUCCCUUGAUGGUUUGGACUUGGUUUAGGACCUCUAUGAUAGGGUGGUAAAGCUGUGUAAACGAUUUCAGAGCCAUUUAUUUUCAGAGCCUUGUUUCAGAGCAGAGAUGGUCUUACUGAUCCUGCUUUAAAUUUGGAAGUAUAGUAAGUAAUACACUCGGUUCUAAGCUGUAUAGUGGAUUAUUUAUUUGCUGCUGGUGGAUGAAAUAGUUUCCCUUGGUUUCUCAAGCAAUGCUCUGGCAAUGAGUUGCCCAAAUCACUAUAGAAAAGAUCACACACACACACACACACACACACACACACCCUAGCUUGCAUACCCUUGAAUGUGCAAAAGCAUAUCCUGUCAGUACGUAAUACUGAGUUUUCGUAUCGUAUUCGAUUUUUAAUAGAAAGGCCUACAUGUUCACAGUUCUAAACGAAUUGCUAAAAGUCGCCUGUUUUGUGACGUCCUGAGGCAUGUUCGAUUCUACGGCAAGUCCUGGAAUGGCAAGAGGAAGCCUUAUUUUGAAUCUCUUCCUUAAAAUGUCAGAUAUUUGCAGGCUCUGAUAAGGGUGUCUAAUAACAGAGUACUGAUUGUCAGGUGGAUCUAAACCUUAAUUAAGCUUGUCAAUCAGCUAUAGCUGUAGGAGGCCAAAGCCCACCCCUACCAUUAUUAUCCCUCACCCUCUCGUAGCCCUGCCCCCUGCAGCGCCAAGAGAAGUCUGAAACAAGCAGCUUUGAUGAGUCCGUCUCUGCUCUGCUCCUAAAUUAUCCACAGUCCUGGUGAGACAAGUGUGCGCAUGCUAGACUGGUGUUUAACCUGCUGCAGGGGUGACCUCCCACUCACUCAGCUCCCUCAGCACCUCCUCCUCCUCCUCCUCCCUGUCCUAUACAGAGUUUGUUCUAAGUGAGAAAACAAAGAGUACUCGCCGAGUCCCUGAUGAGAGACCGGUCAGGGUCACUCGACAAUUAUUCGCCUCUUCCGUGACAGGAGUGCCAUCUUUGCCUUUUCAAUUUCUAGCACUUUGUCUCAUUUUCUCCUCCACCAGGCGAGAGACAAUCGCUCUCGCUCACGCUCACGCUCUCGCCGUGCUGCCGGGGUUAAUCGGAAGUGAUCACGUCCCCUCGUGGGGAAACAAGUGGUUCCUCGAGAACCUCUCAGCGUAGAUGUUUUAUAAAAAAAAAUACAAAGCAGAAUAGGACAUAGAGAUCGGAAAGGACAGAAAUCAGUCAUAAGGAUACAAGGCACAGUUACUGAUAUGAUUAUCAUCCACAGACACACACGUGUACACAUGAACACAUUACUUCUUGUAGCACUUAAAGAUUUAUUUCUUGACAUUUUCUGCCUUUUUUACAUUCCUCUGAUUACUGGAUAAAUUGCAGAAGGAAGCACUUGGUCUUCUGGUGCGUCUUAACUAAGCACAAGGCUCUGUCUGCUUGCUUUGGAGACAAACUCUUUAUCCUCAUUAACUACAAUGUGAAUCAGGUUUGCCACUCCAGGAUUUGGUACUUUCUCCUCAAUCAAAUGGAUCAUCGUUAUCACUAAGUGAUAAUAAAUUAUGUGUGUUAUUUGGCUUUUUUUUUUUUUUUUUUUUUCUUCUUUCUUCUUCGGGUUGUGUGUCUUAAUGUCUCGGUUUUUUUUUUUGUUUUGUUUUGUUUUCUUAAAUUGCUGUCAUUUAAAUAAAGUGCAUCAAUGGA